UAUCUCGUGCUAAAAUGAACUUCGUGCGCGUGUUUAUCGUCGCUAGUUUUUAGUUUGUUUAGCCGCUAUUUUUAGAAAAUUAGUCGCUAGUUUAAUUUAUUUAGGCGAUACUUUUAGUUAAUUAGCUGCUAGUUUGAAAGUGAAAUGUGUGAAAACUGACACCAUGGAGUUUCUCCGCGGGAACGAAACUUACGAUGACUUUUUCAACCGGUGCAACAACCUCACUCACUUCGACUGCAGCGAGGAGGAGAUGCUAUGGUGGUUGAUGGGGGCUCGCCGGCUGCCCCUGAAGGAGAUAGUGCCACUGACCAUUCUCCUAGUGGUGAUAUUCACCACGGGGGUGGUGGGCAAUGUGAGUGUGUGUGUGGUGAUCGUGCGGAACCCGGGCCUGCACACCGCCACUAACUACUACCUGUUCAGCCUCGCCGUCAGUGACUUGCUGCUGCUGUGUUUUGGUCUGCCGAACGACCUCGCGGUGUACUGGCACCAGUACCCGUACAGCCUGGGCCUGACCUUCUGCAAGCUACGUGCCUACAUAUCCGAGGCGGCAACGUACGUCUCCGUGCUGACGAUAGCGGCGUUCUCGCUGGAGCGGUACCUGGCGAUCUGCCACCCGCUGCACCUGUACGCGAUGGCGGGGCUGACGCGGGCGUCGCGCAUCGUGUGCGUGCUGUGGGCCCUCGCCUUCCUCAGCGCCGCGCCCUACGCGCUCUACAGCGACAUACUGUACAACGAGUACCCGCCCAACACAGGCAACCGCUCCCUGGACUCGGCCUUCUGUAGUCUGACGGUGACGACGCCUCUUCUAGAACUCAGCAGCAUAUUCUACUUCUUCAUACCGGCCGUGCUGAUCCUGUGCUUGUAUGUCACCAUGGGCUUACAUAUUAGUUCUUUUCACUACAGGUCAACGAGGGUGGACCGCCGGACCAAGCAGGGGUUUUUCAACGGCAAGAUACACGGCGAGGCCCGGCAGGCCAAGUCCAGGAAGGCUGUUAUUAGGAUGUUGGCGGCGGUGGUGAUCGCGUUCUUCGUGUGCUGGACGCCGUUCCACAUCCAGCGGCUGUUCUUCAUCUACGGCAGCUCGCAUCCCCAGUUCCACGUCAUCAACGAGUACCUGUUCAACGUGGCCGGCGCGCUCUACUACGUGUCGGCCACCGUCAACCCCAUAUUGUACAACGUCAUGAGCGCUAGGUACAGAAUGGCGUUCCACGAUACCCUUCUCUGCGCGAGUCGGCAGCCGGGCUCCCGUGCCAGGCCGAGGCACAACACCAUGUCCACCACGCUGCCCCGCUCCAGCUUCUUCAAGGACAACCGCAAGCCUACCUCCAAGGUCGACUACGUCAAGGACGAGCCCACUCCCUUCUGCAUAGAGACCAAAUUCGACGAUACCACCAUAGUAUUUUUCGGGAAGCGCCAGUCGCAUGACGACAUCACGUAAAUUGUACGUAAUUUUGUAAUAACAGUGUGACUAUAUUGUAGGCCCCUAGCUAAGUUAGCAACGCAUAUUAAAACAAAGAAUACAAGGCGUAAAUUCCAAAGUUUUGUCUAGUAUCCAGUGAUGUCUUGAAGCCGUCAUAUUGUACUGGUGUACCGCCGCUGGUAAAAGAAGUGCGAAGUGUAACUAACUGCCG